AUGCCGUGGAAAAGAUGUUUGUACAUGAAGCAGAACUAUCCGCCAAAUUAUAUGGAAAUAAGCCAUCAGCGAAAGCGGAGAUACUCAUCAGAAACAUACGAAGACAUAAAUCGAAUGAUGAUCAGGGUUUCUAUUGUUAUGCUGGGAUUUUCACUGUUCAGGACCAUGGCAGUAGAUGAGACUGCAGAAAUGCCAAAAACAUCAUGGUUUUCAUUCAUAUCAGCAUUCACGGACAGUUUUCUGGAAAGCAAGAGGAAAACAGGAAUAAACCUUAAACCAAGCUUUAUGAUGUUAAUGCUUGUGUACCUGAUGUCUCCACUCAUCCACAACCUGGCCGUUGAGAUACAUCCAACAACGUUUUACUUUUACUUUGCAAUAACACAGAUAUUAUUCAUUGUAGACUCAGUAUCAUCGUCAAUAUACAACUCAUCGUCGCUGAUCGAAAUAAAAGAUGAAAAAACACCUCUGCUAUUAGAAGAAAGUAUCAACAUCCCCAAGAAAAUAUCAAGCAACCAGGCACUUGGGCUGACAUCUUACUUUCUGGGGUUUAUUCUUCUCUCAUCAAGGCUAAAAAGCCCAUCUUCAGUAUUCAACUUUCUAUGCUUGACAUUCAUAGGUUACGUGAUAUUUCCGAAUUAUAUCGAAAAAACCAACACUCACAAAAAACCAAAUAUGAUCAUGUUGAUAUACGUUGCUGUGUCUAUGAUGUCCGUGUUACCAUCCAUUCCUCUAUUCUGCCUAUAUAGCUGUGUAAUAACCUUCAUGUAUACUAUUUCCUAUAUAUCAAUAUGGAUUUUUGAAAGGGAACUCAAUGCAAAGGUAAGAUUUACCGCUACAAAAACUCUAUGUAAAUAA